AUGAUUAAAGAAAAUUGUACUGGAUUUAAGUUUGUCGCGGUCAAAAUGCUGUAACUGGUAUUUCGCAUGUAUAUUAUAUAUCAUUAUGUAAUGAGAAACUACCAUUACUGUUUAUGGUGAAAACAAAUACAUCUUUAUUCUCUAUAUGAUGGAAUUAAAAUGUAAAGAUCUGAUCUAUGUAAUAGGAAUUAUAGCAUGUGCUUUACCAUGUAUAUAUGGGGAGUGUGAACCUGGAUGGUACGAGUAUUAUGACAACUGUUACUAUGUCUCCGUUGAUAGAUAUAAUCAUCGUGAUCUAGAACAUGCCUGUACUUCUAGAAAUGCUACGUUAUGGAUAUGGCAUUCAACUGACGAAUUACAAUGGAUGACCAAUCUAUUAGCACAAAGUGCAAGGAUCCUGUAUUGGACAGAUCUGCAACUGAUCAACAGGAGAUGGACAUUCAUGGAUGGUACACCUUACAAUGUACACAAUGUUCCAUGGUAUAGAAAAAAGGAAGGAGACCGGAAUAGUAAUUCCAAUAAAUGUGCAGGUUUGAUCCCAUACAAGCCUGAUACUGGUACUAUACAGGCUAGAAGAUGUACAGAUGGCUGGGGAACUAUAUGUGUUAGACCCAAAGCUAUGUUAGAUCUAUGUGACCUGGCAGAUGGGUGGCAGUACCGUGACGGUAGAUGUCUAAAAUUCUUUGACACCCCUCAAUCCUGGUAUAAUGCUAGGCUAACAUGCCAAGCUAACCAAGGGGAUCUUACUCUGUUCAAGAACUACGAUGAACUUAGGAGCCUUGAUAGUCUUAUAACAUGCCGUACAUUAGACAACGUGGCUUGGAUAGGACUCUCUGAUACUGUUCAGCCAAGAACAUGGAGAUGGAUCAAUAAUGAUACUAUGAGGUAUUCAAGAUGGUACGCCUAUGGUAACCAAAUUCUACAAAAUGGCUCUACAUGUGCAGCAACUUCUCCUAUAGAUGGUUGGGCAUGGAGGAAUUAUGUCUGUGAUACCCAACUCAAGUUUAUUUGUAAUAGAUCUCUCGGUGUGUGUCCACCAGGUUGGUUACAGAAUCAAGACAGAUGUUACGAUCCUAAUGUUGUAGAUACAGCCAAAAAGACCUGGUUUGAUGCCAAAACUUACUGUGAGAGUAUAGGGGCCACACUGCUUAUUAUAAAUAAUCAAAAAGAACAGUCUUUCAUCAAUAUAACAAUGAAUUCACUAAAAGUGGACAGAGCUUGGUUAGGUUUUUCAGAUAUGAACCAAUCAAAUGUUUUGCAGUGGCUGGAUGGAAGAUCAGCCAAAAAUGCGAGCUUUUAUAACCUCUGGGACAGAAACUUCCCUAAACCUGUUGCAAAAAGAUUUGAUUGUGGUCUCAUAGUUAAAGGUUUAAUGGAUUCAAGAUGGUCCAAUGUAUAUUGCUUCAAGCCGACAGCUUUCUUCUGUGAGAUGUCUAUCACAACAGUUCCCUUCAACCCUAUAACACCACCAGUGAACUAUAUUUGUGAUAAGGACUGGGUCCUGUAUCAGACAGAGUGCUAUUAUUUUGGUCCAGUAGGGAAUCAGUCUUUGAAGAACUGGUAUGAUGCCAAUGAUUUUUGCAAGAGUUCCGGUGCUUAUCUGGUUGUCAUAGGUGACCCAUAUGAGAUGUCAUUUGUUACUGUUCAACAGUCAAAGAUAUUGACUGCCUGGAUAGGACUCAAGUAUGAUAAGAAUUUGAAUACCUUCAAAUGGGUGGAUGGUACAAGUCCAGGACAGUACUGGGCCAAUGAGACAAAUUUUUACCCUGGUGAACCUGAUGAUUAUAAGAAUGGUCAGGAAUGUAUACAGAUUGUCGGAGGUCGUAGAGAUUAUACGGGCUCGUGGGACGAUGGUAACUGUUCCAUACAACAAGGAUUUAUCUGCGAGAAAAAUGCCGUUCCUAAAGUAAUCUUGCCACCAACCGGUCCACCUGUACCUACACAGAUAUCCCCGCAGUGUGGUUUUGGCUGGAUAUACAGCCCUACCAGUAAUUUUUGUUACCAAGUUGUGCUUGGUAUACCAAGAACAUGGCAAGGUGCUAGAGCAUACUGCCAACAGAAUAAUGGUGAUCUGCUAUCUGUAUCUGGUGUUCAAGAACAAAAUUUUAUACAAGCGCUUUUGUCAUCCCCGAAGUAUGCAAGGUUACAGCUAAACUUUUGGAUAGGAGCCACAGACCAGACACAAGAAGGAGGUUGGCACUGGGUUGAUAACACACCAUUUAGAUAUUUGAACUGGCACCCAGGAGAGCCUAAUAAUGUAAGGUUUGGUGUUGAGCCUGAAAAUUGUGCUGAGAUGGUUCCUAGCUGGAAUUAUCAGUGGAAUGACAAAUACUGUAGCAAGGAAGAAGUCUUUAUCUGCAAGAAAAAUGCUUUGACCACAACUGCUUUAACUGUGGCUCCACCAACAGGUUUUAAUAAAGGUAAUUGUAAAGGAGAGGCUAUGAUAUCAGGAAACUACAGUCUGGUAGAUAGUGGUUCAUUUAAAUCUUCUCCUCCAAGAGAUGCUCAACAUACAGCCCUUAAUGCUAGACUCUUCCCAAAUAAUUUACUAGCUGGGGGAGGCUGGUCAGCAAAAACAGCUGAUACAAAUCAGUAUAUAACAGUGUUAUUUUAUAACACUAUAGUUGUGAAAGCAAUUAUUACAGCUGGACGGACGGACGUUGAUGAAUGGGUGUCACAAUAUCAAAUACAAUACCAGGAGACAUACUACUCAGAAUGGUUGAAAUACAACGACCCACCUGGUACUGUCAAGAUAUUUUCUGGCAACAAUGAUUCAAGCACUCCAGUCACUAACACCUUGUUCUUCCCAUUUGAAGCAAAACAGGUGAAGUUAAUUCCUGUCCAAUGGAACCAGGGUAUAUCCCUUAGAUUAGAAAUUCUUGGUUGUCUAGAAGAGAGUUGUAUACCUGAUUAUGCCGUGAGCGGACCUUUGGUUGCCAUGGAUGGUCAGUUACAAUCAUCAGGGUUUUCCGACAUUGCACAUGAUGCCAAAGCUGCACGGUUACGACCAGUUACACAGGGUGUGACACCAGCAUGUUGGAAACCUCAGAUCUCGAACACAAAUCAGUGGAUUCAGGUAGAUUUGGGUAAUAUAUUUUUGAUACGUGGUGUAACAGUGAAAGGUAACCCGGCAGCUCAAGAAUGGGUGACUCAGUUUCGCUUGAAGUACGGCACAACGAAUACCCCGUCUCUCUAUUACCAGGAACCGUACGGAAAACCCAAGAAUAUCCCAGGAAACGUUGACAACAGUUCUCCUGUAACAUACUACUUCAAGUCACAUUUUCAAGCUAGAUUCAUCAGGAUAGUCCCCAAUGCAUGGCAUACCAAUAUAGCACUGGCCUUUGAUAUCCUGGUUUGUCAAAAUGGAUGUAAUGGUGUUGCAUUGAUUAAGUGGGGGCUCACCAUAUUGCUGAUGAUGCAGCUGAGUGCAUCUUCCGUCCUUGACACUCGUCAUACUAGUGGCACCGACUUUACGCUGGAGCAUGGAUACCUUAAAUACAGUGAUAAACAGCAGUAUUUGAAAGCAGAUUUAGGAUUUGCAAUACAGAUUACAGCUGUAAGCACACAGGGGGCAUUUGACUCAGCUGACUGGGUGAAAAGUUAUAAAAUCAGUUAUUCCAGUGAUAACCAAAAAUGGGUGUAUUACUAUGAACUAGGAUCUCAACCUAAGGUUUUUGAUGGAAAUUGGGAAAACCGGAUAGCCAGGAAACACUACUUGUUGGUACCUUUUAUAGCCAGAUAUAUUCUCAUAUACCCACAGUCUUGGAACAACAGGAUUGCUUUACGAUUUGAACUCUAUGGAUGUCCAGGGGCAGCAUCUGGUGUAAGAAUUGGGUGUUACGCUGAUGAUGCUCAUGAUCGAGACCUCAAGUACGAGCCCUACACUGACCCCAGGGUGGGCAUGUGGCCUCCCAUGUGUGUUGACCAUUGUUUCAGAAAGGGUUACUAUUAUGCAGGUCUACAGAAUCAAUUUAAAUGUUUUUGCGGGAAUUCCUAUGGAAAGUAUGGCCCCGCCACAGACUGCAACCAGGCAUGUUUUCCCAAGACAAACUUCCAGUGUGGUGGACCCUCGUCAAAUAUCAUCUAUACAACUGGGAUGUCUCCAGAAUUCAAGAUCUGCCCCAACAGACUGGAAAGUCUUAUGGUAAUAGAUGGCUAUGUGCUGCUCCAGACUAAACAGUCCUGGUACGAUGCCCGGGCAAGCUGUAAAGGUCAGGGUGGUGAUCUAGCCUCGCCAAACAGCCAGGCAGAGCAAGAUUUUGUGUUUAGUUUGCUGGAAUAUGCAAAAUAUGUGUCUGGAGGUUGGCAGGAUGAAUCUUGUGAUGUCAGUCACAUGUUCGUGUGUCAGAUGGACAAACGUAGAUCCAGUCAGCCCGCCUCAACUGUACUACCUGAUGGGUGUCAGAAAGGCUGGGAUGGGUAUCGGUGGUCAUGUUACCUGUAUGCUGAUGCUAAAAGGACCUGGCAAGAUAGCAAAGCUGUGUGUGAAACUCUGGGAAGCUUCAUUGUUAGAAUAAGUGAUAAGUAUGAACAAGCGUACCUGGCAGGUGUGUUGGGGAGUAGAUCAGGACAGUACUGGAUAGAUGUAAAUGAUCUAGCUCAACCAGGAACCUAUCAGCAUACAGUUGGGAGACACUACCUAGACUUCACUAAUUGGGCCCAAAAUAAACCAGAUGGAACAUCAAUGUGUGUAUCUAUAGGAAGUGGUAACCAGACAGGACUGUGGACGAACCAGUUGUGUACAAAUACGGCUGGGUUAGUGUGUAAGGCAACAAGGGUUGGUCACACGGCACCACCUUUACCCCCAGUGUCAACCAGUCUACCUCCCUGUGACCCUGGUCUUAUACAAACACCAAACUAUUGCUAUCAGGUAAACACAGUUGAAGUUCAUCGCCGCCGAAAUAUUGGUGAGGCGAUUGUUGAUUGUAAAAGUAAGGGAGGUAACCUUGCCUCGUUUCACAGUGCUGCGGAUAUUGAUACAGUGUGGAGGAAUGCAUUAGUUGGGACGUCAUCCUCAUACUGGAUAGGGCUAAAUGAUCAAGCUACAGAAAAUGGGUAUGUGUGGACAGAUAAAACUGCUGUCAAUGUGUUAAACUGGGCUGAUAAGCAGCCAGACAACUACAAGGGAAUGGAAGACUGUGUUGAAAUGUGGAGCUCUACCUCCAAGUGGAACGAUGCCGCAUGUGCUUCAAAAAAUAACUGGAUCUGCAUGGUGAAAAGAGGACAAGUUAUAAAAACUAAGGUAAACACAGUUGAAGUUCAUCGCCGCCGAAAUAUUGGUGAGGCGAUUGUUGAUUGUAAAAGUAAGGGAGGUAACCUUGCCUCGUUUCACAGUGCUGCGGAUAUUGAUACAGUGUGGAGGAAUGCAUUAGUUGGGACGUCAUCCUCAUACUGGAUAGGGCUAAAUGAUCAAGCUACAGAAAAUGGGUAUGUGUGGACAGAUAAAACUGCUGUCAAUGUGUUAAACUGGGCUGAUAAGCAGCCAGACAACUACAAGGGAAUGGAAGACUGUGUUGAAAUGUGGAGCUCUACCUCCAAGUGGAACGAUGCCGCAUGUGCUUCAAAAAAUAACUGGAUCUGCAUGGUGAAAAGAGGACAAGGUGGACAUUUAACAACAUCAAAACCCCAGACAGCCCCACCUACCCAGUCAAGUUCCCUAUGCAGUAGUUUAAGUGGUAGUGGAUGGGUGGCAUUCAAUGGCUACUGCUACCUGGCUAAUGAUGGAAACGGGGACCAGGGAAAGUCCUGGAGACAAGCUCAACAUCAAUGUCAACAAUAUGGCGGAGACCUUGCCUCAAUCCUCUCACAGACCGAGCAAGCAUUUGUGUAUCAUGCUAUGUUGAAAAAUUUAUCUGCCUAUAGAGUGUGGAUAGGACUGAAUGCACUAGAUCUGAACAAUGGAUACAAGUGGUCUGAUGGGUCACCAGGGAAGUAUUACCACUGGCGUUAUAAUGAACCUAAUGAUUGGGGUGGGGAAGAAGACUGUGUCAACAUCCUCCUUCUCACAGGUGAGUGGAAUGAUGACCACUGUGCCAGACAGUAUGGGUAUGUUUGUAAGGUGCGUGUUGGAUCAAUUAUUACCCCUGUUGUACCUACAGGAUUGUGGGCAGGAAAUUGUCCAUCAGGCUUUCAUAUGCAGUUUAACAGGUGUUACAGGAUAUAUCCUAAACCUGUAAACUGGACAACAGCCUUGGCAAACUGUAAAGGACUUGGCUCUGGCUACAGUCUUGCCAGCAUUCUAGAUGAUGUCACCAAUGCAUUUAUAACAACACUGAUGGCAGAUAUGCAGGUGAAUCCAUGGAUUGGUUUACACAAAGAUGAGAAUAAUCAGUUGUUAUGGGUGAACAAUGAUGAAACUGUAUACACUAACUGGGCACAUGAUGAACCUAAUGGCAGAGAGAAAGAAGCUUGUGUACAGAUAACUGGUUAUUCUGGUACAGUUGGUCAAUGGAAUGAUGUUGAUUGUUCAACUCAACAUGGGUAUGUCUGUAUGACCAAGAAAGACCCAACAAUUCUGACUGCGGAACCAAUUCCUAGCAUUUGUGAUGUACAACAAGGACAGAAACUGUUUAAAACAGGCUGCUAUUUCUUCCUAAAGCAGGCUUCCAACUGGUCCCAGGCGAGUGAUACCUGUCUUAAACAAGGAGGAGGCUAUUUGUCAUCUGUAAACUCAGGAUAUGAGCAGGCCUUUAUAUACCUGACUAUGAAACAACAUAAUGUGAAUGCUGUAUGGAUUGGAUUAAAUGAUAUAAAGCAAUCUGGAACAUACUCAUGGACAGAUAACUGGCCAGUAGUGUACAGCAACUGGGAUGCUGGUCAGCCUGUUGGUGGUCAAGGUUGCGUGAUUGCCAAUACCACAGGAAGAUGGAUCGAAACUAACUGCUCAGCAUCGUACCCUGCCAUCUGUAAAAUAUCCACUGCAUCCCCGUCAUUGACUCCUCCAGCCCCUAAUGCACUGUGUGACCCAGGCUGGUAUUCAUGGAAAAGUCACUGUUACUACCUUGGUGUGAAUAUACCACGAUCAGCUCUAGAUGCAGGAUUCUACUGUCAGCAACACCACGGGGCGCUUGUUUCUAUUCAUAACCAAACACUGAACCAGUAUCUUGUUAAAACAAUGAACUCAUUGGCAGUGAAUGGGCAGAGUUUCUGGACAGGUCUACAUAAGUCAAUAGAUUCUGGUUUCCAGUGGAUAGACAGAUCACCAGUACAGUUUACUAACUGGAGAAAAGGGGAACCAUCCACUCGAGGAUGGGCAGGAAACUCGGAGAAUUGUGCAGAGGUAUUUUUGUCAGAUGGAAAAUGGAAUGAUGAAGACUGUAAUAGUAAAAGACUUUUUGUCUGUGAGAAAAGUCCAGUUGUAGAUAACAGCAAGAUACAUAUUGGUACAGGAGGAGCACCAAUCAAUGUCCCUACACCUAUACCAUUCACCCGUCCCUCCAUACUGCCAAUACAGCGUACACCCUCCCCGCCAUCUAAAGGUGUGUCACAGAUAUCACCUCAGACAGAUAAACCUCCAGUGUCACCUCAGUCACAGAACGUGCCCUAUGUAUCCGUAACGACAAGGAAAUCAUUACCUGUGGUUUCUGACAACUCUAACCCACUGACAGGUGCUUUACCGUCUCUUUCAAUGAGACCAUAUACAGGAGGUAGUACAGCACAACCGUUACAAGCUGCUGAUACAGAAACCUCAACAACAAUUCUAGGAAUGUCAGCAGGUGGUUUAGCCGGGGUGAUAUUAGCAACUAUCAUAGUUAUUUUACUGGUUGUCUUGAUAGCACUGUACUGGCGCCGCAACACAACGAUGGGUCGACAAUUGAAGUUUGGGCUGGAAAAUAAUGACGGCUUUGAAAACAAGACUUACAGAUACGAUACUAACUCGGAACAAGUGACUGAAACAAGAGAUGGGUUAAGUUUACGAACAAUGAGUGAAUCCAGUAGUUAAAGUGCUUAUUUUGUUUUUAUUUUGUCUGUAUGCAUAUUGUAUCACUUAAGUUGAUAUGAAUUAGUGUUAAUACUCAUUUAUAGCCAAUUAUAGGUUGGGCUAUUCUGUUGCAUUUGAUGUAUUUUUGGUCUUAGGAAUGUUGAGUUGUUUUGUUAAGCGUUUCAUUUUUUACAAAAAAUGUACAAUGCAAUAUUUAUGCUGAAUAUUUCUUGAAAUAAAUAGCUUUAUUUUUUACAGGAGUUUAUUUUACAGGGAAAACAUUUAUUCUCAAGAUAUCUACAAUAACUUAUUUUGUAUUGAAAUUAUUUGUCAAAAAGUGAAGUUUACAUAGGAAAUGAUUGAGAAUCAAUAAAUAUAUGUAAAUUUGCAAUAUAUAAUAUGCAAUGUUUUUGUUGUUGUUUUUUUUUUUUAAAUAUUAUAAAAUGCAAUAUUGUUUUUAAAAGUCGGUUUAUUUGAGUUGAGUGUAUUUUACAAUGCAGUUCUCUCAUUGUUUCCCGUUUUUUAAUACAAGUCAUUUUAUAGCAAAAUAUAUCCCAGAUUCAAAUAUAUGUUAAACCACGGAUUUAUAUUACAGUGUAAUAUAAAUCCGUGGUUAAACACGUAAAAUUGACAUUUUCUAGUGCAGGAUAAUCUGCAUUUUUACAUCCUGUUUACACCCCUGGGAAGACAGGUCGCGUGCUUUACAUGACGUCAUACCUGCGCGCCUUUUAUGAAUGAACUGCAUUCUUAAAAUGACAUUUUUGCCGUUAUCACGUUGUUAAUGCAUAUGUUACUGUAAGAAAAAGAUCUAAAUGAAAAUGUUAAGUUUUCAUAAUUUAUUUUCGAAAAAUAAUAAACAUGUAAUAUGCAAGAAAAAUAAUCAAACACCGGUUGUCGUCACACACAUACAGGAAUACAUGUAUCUAGCUUUAGGGUAACUAUUUAGCGGAAUAUCAGCAGAGCCUUGUUACCGCCUCGAGCUAGAUAUUCCAGUGUGUACCGGUAGCCGGUGUUAGAUCCUUAUAAUAUACAAUAAGAUAUUUGACACGAAAAUGCAAAUGAGCAUAUAUAAUAAUGAAUAAACUUACUGUUGACACUAGUUUAAUAGCUAUUUUUUAUGAAUAUUGAUGAAAUAGAGGAAUUGGUCUGUUUCAAAAUAAUGUUAAAUUUAUUCAAGAAUUUUUUUUGUAUUAUGUAUACGUUAUAAAUGUAUAAUGUACAGAUUAAAUAAAGAUAAGUAAACAG